UCUUCACAUCAACCAACCAAUUGAAGCACAAACACAAGCUCUUCCAAUAAAUACAUACAUAUAAGAAAGAAAGAACCCACGCUAGCACAAAUAAAAAGAGCCAAAUUUCAGAAGAAAAAAGAGUCACUUGAAGGUUCAAUGGGCGAGGAAGAGAAAAAAUUAGAAGAAAGCAAAGAGGAGAACAAAAAAGCAGAGGAACCAAAGAAGGAAGAAGAGAAGAAAGAGGAGAGAAAAACUGAGGAAUCAAAAGAUGACAAAGAAUCUAAGGAGAAAGUUGCGCCGUCAGAAAUCGUGCUUAAAGUGUUCAUGCAUUGUGAAGGUUGUGCUCGCAAGGUUCGUCGCUCCCUCAAAGGAUUCCCAGGGGUCGAAGAUAUACUCACAGAUUGCAAGUCUCACAAGGUGGUUGUGAAAGGAGAAAAAGCGGAUCCGCUGAAGGUUCUAGAGAGACUACAGAAGAAAAGCCAUAGAAAGGUUGAACUUCUCUCUCCGAUCCCAAAACCACCCACGGAAGAGGAGAAAAAACCCCAAGAGGAACAAGAGAAGCCCAAACCAGAGGAGAAGAAAGAAGAGCCUCGGGUUAUCACAGUUGUUCUGAAAGUUCACAUGCAUUGCGAAGCUUGCGCCCAGGAAAUCAAGAGACGCAUCGAGAAAAUGAAAGGGGUUGAAUCAGCGGAAGCGGAUCUGAAGAAGUCGGAGGUAAGCGUGAAGGGGGUGUUCGAGACAGCGAAGCUGGUGGAGCACGUGUACAAGAGGACAGGGAAGCAUGCAGUGAUAGUGAAGCAAGAGGCAGAGAAGAAAGAAGAAGAGAAGAAAGCAGAGGAAGAAGUUGAGAAGAAAAUGGAGAAAGGGAGUGGCGAGGGAGAAGAAAACAAGGAGAAAAAAGAAGGAGGAGAGGGUGAAGCCAAAGCAGAAGAGGCAUCCACAGUGUUGGAGGUGAAAAAGAGUGAGUAUUAUUACAACCCACCACCAAGGUAUGGUGGCAUGGAGUUCUAUGCAUACUCUGGACCAGCGUACCCUCCUCAGAUCUUCAGUGAUGAGAACCCCAAUGCCUGCUCUGUCAUGUAAAAAUGGACCAAUGUCAGGGGUAAUAGCGGAAGUUUGGGGGCAUUGCCAUAUCCUGAGAUAUCAUAGAUGCCCUCAUUCUUCUUCUUCUGUACUUUUCCCGCAAUAUAUCAAAAAGUUAAAUCAAAUCUACAGAUAAGCUGUAGAGUUUUGUAAUGCCUAGUACCUUUUUUUAUUUAUAUUAUGUAUAUGAAAAAUAUAAGUAAAAGUAAUUACAGUUCUUUUUUAUUAGCA